UCCCAGAAGCCUCAGCGGCAGCCGCUGCAUUGCGAGUGCCUGCCUCGGCGGCGAACGGCAUGAUGGGAGUUGAGGUCUCGGGGUUCUGAAGGGAAAAGAAGAAGGCUACCACAUUCCCGAGGCCCGCGAUGGCAGCCACGACGGGCAGGCCCGAAGAGGCCGAGGAGGCCCCCGGGCUGGCCCCGGCGCUCCAGUACAGCCUGCUGCUGGAGUACUUGGUGGGCGAGAAUCGCGGGCCCAGACAGGCGCGGGCCUUCGACCCGGCGGCCCUCGGCGGCUUCCCGGCGCCGGGCAAGAGCCCCGAGCAGAAGAUGGUCGAGCGGGCCAUGGAGAGCUGCGGCUUCAAGGCGGCGCUGGCCUGCGUUGGGGGGUUCGUGUUGGGUGGCGCCUUUGGCAUGUUCACAGCCGGCAUCGAUACCAACGUGGGAUUUGAUCCCAAGGAUCCAUACCGCACCCCGACAGCCAGAGAGGUCUUGAAAGACAUGGGCCAGAGAGGAAUGUCCAAUGCCAAGAACUUUGCCAUAGUGGGCGCCAUAUUUUCCUGCACCGAGUGCCUGGCGGAGUCUUACCGAGGAAAAUCGGACUGGAAGAACAGCGUCAUGAGUGGGUGCAUUACUGGAGGCGCCAUUGGCUUUCGAGCUGGCUUGAAAGCGGGGGUCCUCGGCUGUGGGGGCUUCGCCGCCUUCUCUGCAUUGAUUGACUAUUACUUACGGUAGCAGCCAGAGCCAACGAGGAUGGCCUUUUCUGGAUGUCAGCAGCCUGGGACAGUAGGAACAACUACCUUCCGUCUACCUGGGAAGCUGGUGUUGAGGGAGUGUUGUGCUCUGGAAGGUGGAUAUCCAUAUGGGCGGAGUUCCUGACUAAGCUGGGCCAAGCCAAGGCCGGCCAUCUUUGGAGCGGCAUAACCGAUCGUGAACUCCAAGGAUGCUGCAGAUUCUCUCCAUGGCCCUGCUUAAGGGUCACAGUGCCGCUCCUGACUCGUCAUCUGAAUACUCACUGCAAACUCAAGAUUGUUUCCUUACCAAGUAGAGCAUGAGACCAAUGGAAAGAUUGGGUUAUCUCGGACCUUGUUAUAGGUCUCGAUUCCUAAUAAAACCGGAACGGCGUUGUCAAAGGCA